AUGUUCCUCAGGAUUUUGAAUGGUGAAGGUGAGAAGAAGUACCCAGCAUCUAGCUUUGUUUUGAAUUGUAAAGGGGAUGCAUGCACUAGCGAUGUUGUCAUGUUUGAACAAAAUGUUUAUGAAAUAUUUGACAUAGCUUCUAGGAGUGGAAGAGGCCCUCCAUGUGGCACAAGGAUUGUUGCAGGCCGAAUUGUUAAAGAAAGCUAUGGCGCUGCUAAACAGCAGCACACAUUUACAAUUGAGGUACUCUGGAGCAAGGGUGAAAAACCACUCCCUCCACUUCAUCCCCUUCUAAUUAAGGGUCGGAACCUUUACAGGUUGAAAACUUUGAGACAGAGAUGGGAAGAUGAAGGGGAGAGGCAGAAAGUUCUGAUGGAAAAGCACACAAGAGGAUCUCUUGCUAGGACUGCUAAAGAAGCACGGGUCCAAGAGAAGGACAUGAGAAAAAUGCUCAAGAGAAAUAGGGUUUCAAGAAAGGAGGAACCGAAAAAGAACCAGUCUCAGUUUAACUCAACCUCGGUGCUUAAAACAUCAGUUCAACCUCAGCAAUCUGGUUCACUUGUUAACUCAGCAAACCUACAUCAACUAGUUGGUAUAUCAGUUCAUUCAGGAAAUACGAAAGUGUGUGCUCCGCAAUUGGGAUUGUUUACUGAUUUAUCAAGAGACCCUUCAUUAAAACCAGCAACUCAAAUUCACCAAUCAGGGUUUGUUGUCUAUUCACAAAAUCCAGCAACUCAACCUCCAGCUCCAAAGUCAGGUUUUUUUGUUGAUUCCAGAAAGGUGACAAUUCAACCUCAACUGACAAAGAAUACUACAAUGCAAGAUAGGUAUUUCAACCAAGCUUCUCAGAAAUUGAAUGAGAGUAGGAAUUCAAACAACACAGAAAGAGUGUACAAUAAAAGACAGCCAUUGACAAGUGUGAACCACUUUCUUCCGACAAGUCCACAAGGGCAAAAGCAGAUGUGCAAAUAUUAUGCUCAGGGUAGAUGUUAUUAUGGAAACAACUGCAAAUUUUCUCAUGCAAUAAGAGGGAAUUACAAUGAAAGGAGGGAAGAGAGGUGGCCUCAUGAGAAAAGGAACUUGUGUGAACAGCAAAUUUUCUUAUGGAAUGAGAGAGAACUACAGUCAAAGGAGUGA